AUGAGAGAGAGAGGAAGAGAGAGGGAGGGGGAGAGAAGGAAAGGGGUAAGAAAGAGAGCGAUAGUGUGUGUGAGAGAGAAGAGAGCUAGAUAGAUAGAGAGAGGGGGGGGGGGGGGGGGGGGGGGGGGGACGAUAGAGAGGUCUGAUCAGAAGGUCUUCAACCAAACUGUCUCUGAGGAGCUACGAGGUCACCAGUUUCUUGUUUAAGUAAAGCCCUGCUUAGCCCUGUCCAGCCCUGUCAUUUGCAUUUAAGGUCAUUUUACCUGGGGAGAUUCUAUAUAUAGAUUAGCAUUCCAUGUGUAAAUCAGCCUCUAGUGGAAAUCUUACAUCUUUCAAUCGAUUACCAGUAAACCCUGUGCCAAAAGCUUUCUCAAGUGGGACCAUUUUAGACCAAUUCUAUGCUUCUGUCAGUGAUUGGAUAGAGCUAGAUAGAAACCAGCCUGACGCUAAUAAAGAUGAUAUCAGCCACAGCAAUCUAGCCCUACCUGCACUGGUUAACAUGCAUCUACCCUAGUUUGUUGCUCCGUUUGUUGCUGUUUUUGUGAUGUGAUGCAUCUACUGACCUGAACAAGUAGUGAACUUGUAGUGAACUUGUAGUGGACUUGUAGUGGUCUUGUAGUGGUCUUGUAGUGAACUUGUAGUGGACUUGUAGUGGACUUGUAGUGGUCUUGUAGUGGUCUUGUAGUGGACUUGUAGUGGACUUGUAGUGGACUUGUAGUGGACUUGUAGUGGUCUUGUAGUGGUCUUGUAGUGGUCUUGUAGUGGACAUUCUCUAUGCUUUGUUUAACGUUUGACCUAUCAUUGUGUUUUGUAGAUUUCUCUUUGCCUUGCUUUUCCCCCUUGGUCAGACAGGUGGUCAUUGCAAGAGAAUAAUUUGGUUCGCAAUUGACCGACCUGCUGAAAUUAAGGUUGAAUAAAAGGUUGAAACAAAAGUUGUUGUUAUUUAGCUGACUCUUAACCCUACCUAGGAAUCCAAGCUAACCCUCCCUCUGCGUGUGUCUUCCAGGUCGCAGGGGAACAGAAGUACCAUCCAGAAUGCUUCACCUGUCUGAACUGCAGAGCCUUCAUCGGAGACGGAGACACCUACGCACUGGUGGAGAGGUCCAAACUAUACUGGUACAUUAUAAUGAUCAUAAAAACUUUAUUUAUAAAACGGUCUUUAUACAUUUCAGUCAGUGCUAAUAGGGAGUAGGGUUUAGAGAUUCAGCAGACUCAAGGGAAGGUCAUUAUUUAUCAUCGAGACGAGAGGUUGUAAAUUGAUCAGAAUGUGAAGUUAUUACAGUAACACCAGUGCUGUGCAGCGUGACCACUGUAGCCUAAAGCAGAAAUAGAAAUGUGGAAAUAACGGUAGUAGUGGAUAGAGAAGCAACGGACGUGAGGUGAGGAAGAGUGUACUGUAUGACACACACACUGACACGAGGAGGGAGGAAGGGAUGUUGAAAUACAAAGCAGUCAUUGUCCUGUCAGCUCUGAAUGGAAGUGUCAGUGUGUGUGUGAUGGGAGGUUGACUAGAUCAUUAUUCUGACACUUGACAUUCUGGCAUGAUGUUAGAAUAUUAUUUCAUUCUAUCAGGUGAUGCACACAAAAAUGUAAAUUGUCACUUAUGUCCAAAAUAAAAAGUGUGAUAUGCGUACAUGACAUUGUGUAAGAACAAAUUAAAUUUGCAUUCCUAUUUCUCUGUAUUAAUAUUGCUUUACGGAUAUUCGUUCACUUGUCUGUUCUAUCUAUGCUGACCUCUCCCCCUUCUCCUUCCGCAGUGGCCACUGUUACUACCAGACCAUCUUGACGCCGGUGUCCCUGCCAGACUCACCAUGCGCCAGGAUCCCCCACACAGUGACCCUGGUGUCCAUCCCAGCCUCCACAGACGGGCGGAGAGGGAUCUCAGUCGCCAUCAACCAGCCUCUCAGCCCCAACGGCUAUGGCCCAGAACACACUGUCAGGGUAUCACAGUGAGUAUAGAGGAAGGGUGGGGGGAUAGGAGUGAUGGAGGGUUGAGAUAUGGAGGGAUAGGGAGAGAGAGGGAGGGAGAGAGAGAGAGAGAGAGAGAGAGAGAGAGAGAGAGAGAGAGAGAGAUGGAAAAUAUUAUUCCUUAUCUCAGUGGGACUUCCUGGUUUAAUUAACUAUUGACUAGAAUUGUAAUAAAUACACCAAGGGAGCGAUAGAGUGGGGGAGGGAGGGGGGAUGGAGUGGGAGAGGGAGAUGGGGAUGGAUGGGGAGGGAGAGGGGGAUGGAUCGGUAGGCUAACAGAAGGAUGGGAGAUGACUGAACGGGAGACAUGGAAGUCAGAGAAAGGCACAGAAUGGAAGUGAGGGAAGGUGAGGACAUUGUUAUUUAAAUCCAGUGUAGAUUAAAUACUAUAACCAUGUCCUUGUACAACAAAAGGGAUGGAAAGGAUCUAGCAGUAUGUACACUGUCCUGUCUUUUAUCUUUCCAGUGGACCAGGAUACCAUUCUGUACAUGCUAGAUUUUCUAAAGUCUCACGUUGUCAUACUUCCGAGACUUAUGAUGUAAUCACUUGGAAUGGGAGAAAGAUGGAUAUCGAGGUUAAAUUAUCACUGUUAUCACAUUCCUUGUCCAGGGUGGACUCUGAGUUGAUCAGUCCAGAUGUGAAGAACUCCAUACAUGUCGGAGACCGGAUCCUGGAGAUCAACGGAACACCCAUCAGGAAUGUUCCUCUCGAUGAGGUAACCUAACUGACAUCUCUUUACUUGUGUUGCUGAUAGACAUCAAUGACAUUGGUAUUAGUGAGAUGUUAAUUAAAUUCGAGGCUUGAUGUUACAAGAUCCAAGUUUAAGUCCUUACUCAUGUUUAAUCUACUGCAUCAUAGCAUGGAGUUGAUAGACACUAGGGUGAAAACAUCAACACUCUUAGCCAUACUACAUGCUAUAUGCUAUGCUAGGUUCUAUAUGUUAUGCUACAUGCUAAUGCUACACUGAUCAUUACAUUUUACAUUUUAAUCAUUUAGCAGACGCUCUUAUCCAGAGCGACUUACAGGAGCAAUUAGGGUUAAGUGCCUUGCUCAAGGGCACAUCAUCUUUUACCUCCGCUCCACCAGAUUGACCUGCUCAUCCAGGAGACCAGUCGUCUGCUCCAGCUGACCAUAGAACACGACCCCCACGACCAGGGGGGUUCAGAGGGUGAGACAGUGGGCGGACCCCUGACCACCCCCCUGUCUGACGGUCCCAGCCCCAUCCUCCCCAUCACCCAGCCCCCACACCCAGACAUCAACAACCUGCGCUCACGCCUGAUCACGUAAGGACUAAUCUCAGUGACAUUUACAGACGCACAAAUACAGGCUGUUGUAGUCGUGGUGUUUUGGUUUAUUUCAACCUCAAAUACAGUAUGAAUAGAAUCGAAAAUGAAAGAAUUACGCGACAAAAUACAGAUUUAUAUGAAAUCUUCAACUAAAUGAAAUGUAUACAUAAAUAAAUGUACUAAACACAUUUUAGACAUAAAUUAUAUAAUUGGCCUACAUUAAUUACAUUUUAUUGGUGCAAAUACGUGGGCUGACAUAUAUUACAUUAUUUCAGUUCUUCAGUGAAAUGGAUGAGCAUUUACAUGUGUAACUGCAGUCCCUCUGUCGCUCCCAUUUCCUAAUUAGUCUAUAAUGGUAAUAGCUGCUAGACUGGUGCCUUAUGACAGGGCUCGCAGCACCAUUUGUCUCCUCCACCUGUUCCAUCUUUCUCUUUUUUUCCUUCUCUCCACCUCUCACUCCCUCUCUCUUCUUUUAUCUCUCUCGCCCUCUCUCUUUCUCUGUCUCCGUCUCUCUACUCUCUCCCCUCGCUCUCUCCUCCUCUCCCCCCUCUCUCUCCAGGCGGAGCUACAGUACUGAUAAGUCUCCGUGCUCCAGUAAUGCAGUGUCCCCUCUCUCUCAGAGGAAGGACAUUAACCGCUCCGAGUCGCUGCGAGUCGUCUCCAACAGUCGCAUGCACCGGAUCUUCCGGCCCUCAGACCUCAUCCAUGGAGAGGUGCUGGGAAAAGGCUGCUUUGGACAGGCCAUCAAGGUAAACACCAACCUCCACACACUCUGGUUUUCAUUUGUUGACUGAUGACUUGGGUAUGACGUGGCCAUUGUCUGUUCAACUGUCCUCUCUGUUAAAGAUGACCAUGGAAAAGCAACUAAUUUUGGGGGACAGUUCCAACACCUUAAAAAUCCCACUUCACACUACUGAAUGUGUGUCAAAUGUUACUGCGUAGGAGCAUAAUAUAUACUGUGUUCAAAAGUUCCAGAAGAUGGCAGCAUUGAGAUGCUUUACUGAAUGGCCUCGGAUGUAACCAGAAUGUACAGUAGCCUAUAUGUGUGCAUCUGCUGCUUGGAAGAUGCACUCAAGCAGGGAGCAAAUAUCCGCUUUGAGAGGGGGACAACAUAUAUCCAGGGUUUUUAUUCCUUAACAGUUCUCAGAUUCCCAGACUUUACCUGUUGGGGUGAAAUGAGCUUUGAACGGAAAAUGCCCCCAUGCCCUGUGGCACAGGCUGAUGACAACAGGCUGAUGACAUCACAGUGUGUGUGUUUCUGCAGGUGACCCACAGAGAGACAGGGGAGGUGAUGGUGAUGAAGGAGUUGAUUCGUUUCGAUGACGAGACACAGAGGACAUUCCUAAAAGAGGUGGGUGACAUCACUCUAUUUGACCCUUGACUUAUUUUGCCUUUGUUGAUAUGACACUGUCAGGGUUCAAUGGGGUCAAUUCAGGAGAUACAUUGAGAUUCUAAAUUCAAUUUGCUUAUGAAUGAUUUCAGAAGAUUUUAAAUAUAUAUUAAGGGUUUAUGAAGGCACACCAUCCAUCUCUUUCCCUUACUCCAUUGAUUUGAACCACCACAGGCAAUGACAAGCUCCGUGCUUGUCCCAAAGAGCUCCCACUUCUUCUAAGAACAGUACAAACCUGUGCUAUGUAUCUACAGAACAUGUAUCGUCAAGAACAAUGCUUUGGCUUAGUUUAGUGACAGAGAUCACAGACCAUGUUUCCAACCCUGGCCACUAUUGUUAACACUGCUGGGCUAGGUUUACCACAGAAUGUAGUUUAUCAAGCUCUGAAUGUCAUGCUUAGAUGAUCAUCAUACACACCCCUACACCUCGUAAAAAGUACCCCACCCUAAUUAGGCAGUGAGGGGUGGACAGAUAGUCAUUAGAGGUAUACACAGGUAUACACCCUUUGCCACAUCCCUCCCAGAAACACAGACACUUACAUCGACAAUCACAUGCAUGCUCGCGCACACACACACACUAUUCUACCCUGCAUUCUACUCUCCUCUUCAGGAAACACUGUGAGCACUGAGGUGUGCAGGUUAACACCCGUAGUCACUUUAAUAGCUCUGUAAGCAGUAAAAACACCAGGCCAUGACCGCCCACCAACAAACAAACAGCUAGAGGAAUGCUGACUGAGUUUUGUUUUAUAACUGUUUUUAUUAGUGCCUAGCCUGCAUAACAUUCCAAUUACAAAGGAAGGGCUCAGCUCUCUCGCAAACUAAUCACACACAACACAAACACCGCCUUGGGAAUGGUUUCCUGAGUUUAUAAGUUCAAGAUGUUUUUAACUUGUUUGAUGGAUUGGAGUCUGGCCCUUAUGGUAGAGACAUGGUAGUCCUUUUUAAAACCGUUGGUCUUUUUGGCCUUGACGGCCAUUUUAAAUCAAAGCCUUCAAAGAGUUUCCUCCCUCCCUUCCCCUGACUUCAGAGUACCUUAUGUAAUGUUUACCUCCUUUAGGAGCUAAUCAGUUCGUCUCUCUUUGGGAGGCUGUAAUAACCACGUAUUACUCCUUUUUCUUGUUACAAUUAUGUCAAGUUAAUGACUGGAGAGGAGACAUCUUGUAUGUUUUAGACCAGGAGGAAAUGGUUAUAGACUCAAAUCAAAGUCUGGAAGGAGGAAUGUCCAUCUCACAGAGACCCUCAGGGCAGGAGACAUGGAGGUCUAGGUCUUACACUAAUAUCUAGCUUCCCACCCAGUUCAUCUAACUAACUACUACCUUUACUAAACCCACACAACACAACCACUCCCUGCAGCUCCUAGAUGAUAGAUCUUUACGAGGAGUCAGGACUAGGACAGCUCCUAGCUCUAAAUAGGGGUUAAAAAACUAACAUUUAAACCUAAAAUAACUUCCAAGCCUUAAAAGGUGUACCCUCCUCCCUCUCCAGGUGAAGGUGAUGCGUUGUCUGGAGCAUCCCAACGUGCUGAAGUUCAUCGGUGUCCUCUACAAAGACAAGAGACUCAACUUCAUCGCAGAGUAUAUCAAAGGAGGAACCCUGAGGGAGAUCAUCAAGAAAAUGGUACCGGUGCUGUGUGUCUGUUUGUCUGUGUGGGAUUUUAGUACUUUGUGGGUGUGCCACUGCACCAGCUUGUGUGUGUGCGGUUGGGUGGCUUUGUGUCCCCAUGAGUGCAUAGUUGCGUUUUGUACAUUGUGUCUCAGAGUCAUCAGAGGAUACAGGAUUAGGAUUAGAGAGCUUCUCUUUAGUUUUAAUCACUGGUGUUUAUGUUCUGUGAAACAUCCAGAGUCUGAUUCUAUCCUUUUUUUGUCUUACUAACAGGACACCAACUACCCAUGGAACCAGAGAGUGAGCUUUGCUAAAGACAUCGCUGCAGGGAUGGUGAGUGAAUUAUCCAUGCCUAAUAGAAUGUAUAGAAUGCCUCUAGAAUGAAACCAAGAACAGAUAGAAUCAGAAGCCACUGUGGGUCUUUUCAGGACCAGGGCACCAUGGGUUCACUGCUGCAAUCAGAGAAACUGCAGUGCAGUGGUGGUCAAUAGAAUAACAGACACGGUGCAGUCAAACUAACCAUGCUCACACUGCCCUCCAGUGGCGAUCUAGAGGAAGUGUAACAGCAGUGUUGGUCACGUGUAACAGAUUUUCCCUAAAUUAAAAUUACACCUUGAAUUCCUUCUGGAUUAGGGCAUCAUGGGUAGUCAUAGUGUGUUGCCUUUGAUUAGGUUUUACAGUGAUGAAUGUAGCACAUGACUGUAGAUUUGUGAAUGUAUAAAGGCUAUACUCUGCCAAGAGUUUGAGAGAAGGAGCAACAACAAUGUGCAUUUGUUCCACUAGACACUGGUUUGAGGUUUAGGCUUCAUACCUAACUCUUGUUUUCUUUUUUUCUCUAUCACUCUCUUUCCAUCCCUCGCUCUUUCUCUCCGUCUUCCAGUCAUAUCUGCAUUCCAUGAACAUAAUCCACCGCGACCUGAACUCAGACAACUGUCUUGUCAGAGAGGUGAGUAAAGAGAUGUGAGGUGUGUUCUCUCUAAAGGGUGUGUGUUUUCUUUGAGAAUUAAGAGUUUGCACCUGUAUGUCUAGAUCACAUACAGGUUUGUCUCCCAUUGAGAGAGAUUUGACAAUGGAGAUUUAUUGACAUUAGACACAGAGAAUCCUUUGUUAGGGUAAAGUACUGCACAGUAGAGUACCUUCAGGCUCUGAUCAGACCCUACACCCAAACGAGUGCACUACGUUCAUCCACCUCUGGCCUGCUAGCCCCCCUACCUCUACGGAAGCACAGUUCCCGCUCAGCCCAGUCAAAGCUAUUCGCUACUCUGGCACCCCAAUGGUGGAACAAGCUCCCCCACGACGCCAGGACAGCGGAGUCACUGACCACCUUCCGGAGACACUUGAAACCCUACCUCUUUAAGGAAUACCUCGAAUAGUAUAAAGUAAUCCUUCUUCCCCCACCCCCCAUAAAAAAAAAGAAGAAAAAAAGGUGGUUGUCCCACUGGCUAUCAUAAGGUGAAUGCACCAAUAUGGAAGUUGCUCUGGAUAAGAGCGUCUGCUGAAUGAUGUAAAUGUAGAGCCGCCCUUCUUAAAUCAGAGGCCUUACAGGAGUAGUGACGUCAUAUACACUUCUUCACCUAGACGUGUUCAAAUAGAGGGUAGAAAAUAUCUCUACUCCUGUAGCGAAUCUCCAAGUGCAUCUUCAGGUAAAUGUCAAUUUUGAAGAAAACAAAGGAUAAAGAUAUUGUGUCCUACAGUAUUAGAUAAACAGACCAGGAUGAGGGUUCCUGUGUCCUGUAUAGUAUUUAAUAAACACUAACCAGGAGAUCUGAUAGGGUUUAUUGAACCUGAAUAAGCUAGUGGCUGGUCUGGGUUCUCUGUAGUGUUCUGUAUUGACAGAUGUUGUUAUCUCACUGACACACUGUCUUCCUAUCUGUCUGUGUUUUUACCUCUCAAAGUCAACAGUCAUAGUAUUCACUCUCUUUAUUCCUCUAUGUUGUUGAGUGUGCUCUCUCUAUCUUUCUCUCUCUCUCUCUCUAUCUGGCAUGUGUCUUUAUGUCUGUGGUAAGAUGUAUAGUCUUGUAGGUAGGUUUGCAGGGUGUUUUAUAUUCUAAGUAUUGUGAUGCAGUAGAUGUGACUCUGUCUGUGUGUCCUCUGUCUCCCUGUAGAAUAACAGUGUAGUGGUGGCAGACUUUGGGCUGGCUCGGCUGAUGGUGGAAGACAAGAUCCAGGACAAGAGUCUCCUGCAGAAGAAGCCUGACCGCAGGAAGAGAUACACUGUAGUGGGCAACCCCUACUGGAUGGCCCCGGAGAUGAUCCACGGUAUGUAGGUGUGUGUGUAGGCGUGUGUGCGUGUGUGCAUGGGUGUGUGUUCAGGGCAGUGGUGUAAAAGUAACCAAUUGUCAUACUUGAGUAAAAGUAAAGAUACCUUAAUAGAAAAUGACUCAAGUAAAAGUGAAAGUCACCCAGUAAAAUACUACUUGAGUAAAGGUCUCUUGAUAAGUGUGUGAAUUGGACCAUUUCCCUGUCCUGCUAAGCAUUCAAAUGUAACAAGUACUUUUGGGUGUCAGGGAAAAUGUAUGGAGUAAAAAGUACAUUAUUUUCUUUAGGAAUGUAGUGAAGUAAAAGUAAAAGUAGUCACAAAUAUAUAUAUAUAUAUAGUACAGUAAAGUACAUAUACCCCAAAAAACGACUUAAGUACUACUUUAAAGUAUUUUUACUCAAGUACUUUACACCACUGGUACAGGGUCGACCUGUUUUAACCACCAUUGCUUAAAUUGCACUUAAAUCGAAUGACUCAACCAUGGAAUUAUUCAGAUGUUUCAACGCCAUAUACUGUAAUACAUUAUGUCAGUACUCUGAAACCAAUAGCCUCAAGUUUUACUUGGAAUGUCUUCUCUCACAGGGAAAAGCUACGAUGAAAAGGUGGACAUCUUUUCCUUCGGAAUCAUGCUUUGUGAGGUGAGUGCCCCUGACAGGUGGUUGCCCUAGCAUAUACAACAGCGCCUUUUGCCCUUUCCUUACUGUGAACCUCUCGCUCUCCCUCUCUCUCUCUCCCGCCCCUUCCAGAUCAUCGGUAGGGUGAAUGCAGACCCAGACUACUUGCCCAGGGCCCAUGACUUUGGGCUGAAUGUGACAGGCUUCUUAGAGCACUUCUGUCCUCCAGACUGCCCCCCAGCCUUCUUCCCCAUGGCUGUCCUCUGCUGUGACCUGGAUGCUGAGAAACGGUGAGUGUGUAGUCUGACACUGACCUGAGUCAUGUAUCACCAUGCAGUGUGAGAUUUAUUGGGUGUAGAUCACUAGUUUACUAGUUCACUAAGUUUACUUUCUGUACACGGAUUAUGUAUACAGGAACACUUUUCCAAGUAUUUGUCUAUAAAGUUACUUAUGAGUGUAAACUGUAUUCUAACUUUCAUUGUUUGAUAAUACUAUACAUGUUGAGUGUUGGUUUAUUAUAAGUCUCCUGUCCCAUUGCUGCCACGGUAACUGACUUAUGUGAUCUAGGUUGACAUCACUAGCCUAAGACUGAUUGGCUCUUCUGUCUUUAGCCCCGCCUUCACCAAGCUGCAGGGGUGGCUAGAGAACCUGAAGAUGAACUUGGAGAUCCGCUUACCGGUGGUGUCCGAGCUCGACACGCUACACAAAGCAUUCUGGGGAAACCACACCGUCCCCACCAUGGCUUGCACCGCCAUGCGGUCCGAGAACGGCCUGCCCCCGCACCCCGAGACUCCGGAGUAGAAGGGAUCCGUAACAGAGAGGAAUGCUGCUGGUCUCAGCCCAUGAGAGUAGGCAGAGAGAGGGGGUUAUGGUGGUCAUUGAGGAGGGUAGUAGAGCCUACUGUACCUCUGGUAAUGGAGUAGUUGCAUUGCAUUGUCCAGGCAGGGGUGGGGCAGGAGCUCUGUACGUACCUCCUCAUGCCACAGCAGUCACAGUGGUCAUAUAGGCUGAUAGUGGGCUGUCGAUGGGCUGUAUAGACUCAGGGGGAACCGAGGAUGGGAAAAGCCAGCCUUGCCUAAAGGCACUCACUCAUUCAACUCCAACUAAGAGAGACUCACUCAGACUGCAAUUACCACUACCAUAGCUUCAGUCUCAUGAUUGCUUUACCUUAGCUGAAUGUCAGUCUGGUAACUGCUAGCUAUCAGUAUGUCAAUCCCAGCUGUGAAGUCAUCCAUCUUAACACUCAUGUCAUCUUUAUCUUAUUGAGAUGGUGUUCAAGUAUAUUCGGACGUCUCUAAAACAGAAAAGCAGAAAAGAUGCUUCAGCCUCAUUGGUAGGGGACCCUCCUCCUGAGUAUUUGUGCAACAACAUGUGUUUGAAAAGUGUUGCUCUGUGUGACUUUGGUUUGGUUUGAUUUGAUGAUAUCAAAACCACUUUUUGAAAUGCUAAAGGAAGGGGCCUUUUAUGUGGAUAAAACAAAACGCACACACACAGUCCAGAUGUAGAAUAUAAUCGAGCAAAGGCUUUUGAGCAUAAACAAAAAGCUUUUUAAACACUGCAUGACUGUAAAUAGCCCUGUCCAGUAAGCCCUGUCUGUUGUCUCCUCCUAUCCCCCUCUACUGGUGACAGUUGUGUCACAAAUGGCAUCCUGUUCCCUUUAUAGUGCACUGCUUAAGACCAGGUCCCAAAGGGAUUACCAAAUUAGUGCACUAUAGGGUGUCAUUUGGGACGCAUUCUUAAAGUGAUGUCCCUGGUAGUGUCAAACAUAUGGUCCAUGACUGACCGUGUCCCUUCUCUCACUGUGUAGCACUGACUUGACUUUGAGGUAAACUUCUUUCAUACCUUUGGUACAUUUUUCCAUUUCAUAUUAGUUUAUUACUCUCUUUUUCCUUAUCUCAGUCACGUCGAGGUGAAAUCUCAUGUAUUCAAACUCAACCCACCCAAUGUAUAUAGCCGGUGAUAUUAUCAUAUUGUAAAUGUUUUAAAUAUUGUAAAUGUACAGACAUAUUUUGUAUAAUUCUAAUGUAUGCUACAUUGCCAUAUUUUUCUUGAGCUACCUGUUGAAAUUAAGGAGAAGAAGAAGAAAAAGAAA